GAUAGGGAUAGAAGAUUCGUCAGUUCGCAGUUUUCAUGAUUCUGUUGCAGUGGCAGUUGCGGUAUCUGUUUUAUCAAACAAUUUCGUGAUAAACUCGUUUCGUUGCGAUUUAUUAAUUAAAACGGUCGUUGAUACAGUUCAAUUCGAGUGCGUUUAAAUCGUUGAUGUUCGUAGAAAAUAUAUGUGAAUAAAUUUCGAGUACUUUAUGUUAUGUGGAGCCAGAAAUAAAUAAAAAUUUAAAAAAAUGCCACUAUUUGGAAAAGAUAAAAAAUCGAAAAAAGAUGGGAAGGACUCUGAUAAACAACCAUCCCUGGAAGACAAGUAUAACUUAAAGGAAUUACUCGGAACUGGAGCCUUCUCGGAAGUUAGACUUGCUGUGAGGAAAGAAAAUCCCGGCCUCAUGUAUGCGGUCAAAAUUAUAGACAAAAAAGCGUUAAAAGGAAAAGAAGACUCUCUUGAAAAUGAAAUCAAAGUUCUUAGAAGAUUGAAACACCCGAACAUUGUUCAGCUGCUGGAGACUUUUGAAGACAAAUCAAAAGUAUAUUUAAUCAUGGAAUUAGUGACUGGCGGAGAACUGUUCGACCGGAUCGUUGAGAAGGGCUCGUACACUGAAAAAGACGCCGCCGAUUUAAUACGACAAGUGUUGGAGGCUGUGGACUACAUGCACGAGCAGGGGGUGGUACAUCGAGAUUUAAAGCCUGAAAACUUGCUUUAUUUUAAUCCGGAUGAAGAUAGUAAAAUAAUGAUUAGCGACUUUGGCUUAUCAAAAAUGGAAGACUCUGGAGUUAUGGCGACUGCAUGUGGGACACCUGGUUAUGUCGCUCCGGAGGUGCUAGCGCAAAAGCCUUAUGGUAAAGCUGUUGAUGUGUGGAGCAUAGGUGUCAUAUCAUAUAUUUUGCUAUGCGGUUAUCCCCCAUUCUACGACGAAAAUGACGCUAAUCUGUUUGCCCAAAUAUUAAAAGGCGAAUUUGAAUUUGAUUCUCCCUAUUGGGAUGAAAUAAGUGACUCAGCUAAAGACUUUAUUAGGAAUUUGAUGUGUGUUAAUGUAGAUAAAAGGUUUACGUGUCGACAGGCUCUCGGUCAUCCAUGGAUAUCAGGAAAUGCUGCCAGCAACAAGAACAUCCAUGGCACCGUUUCAGAACAACUUAAAAAGAAUUUCGCAAAGUCACGUUGGAAGCAAGCUUAUCAUGCUACCACUGUGAUAAGACAAAUGCAACGAAUGGCACUAAGUAGUGGCACUAGCGCAGGUGGGAGAAGUCCUACACCUCAGCGUAGUAUGUCAACUGGUGAACCCUGUAGUAGUUUAAACGGAUCCCAGGAUAAAUAAACUUAUAUUUAAAAUAUUACUUGUUAUAACUCAUAAGCAAAACAGCUCGCAUGUUUAAAUUAAAAAAAUAAUAAUUAAAAGCAUGUUCUUAAAAAUAUUAAGUUAAUCGUAUUUCUGGCAAAUAUUGAUUAUAUGACAUAAAUAUUUUAAGAACAUGGUUUGUAUGGCAGGCGUGCCAUAGCUCAUUUAAGACUUCCAAAAAUUGAGAAAAACAUUGUGAUGUAUAAUUAUACAAGGUGAACAGAUGCAACUUUUCUUUAACAGCAUUCUUAUUAACUACCAAAGGAGAGCUUGUGAGCUAAUCAUUUUAUAUAUUAUGGCCUAAAUUCCAACUUAUUUUAUGUCAUUGUGAAAAACGUAAAAUAUUGUAAAAUAAUAGAAAGUCACUUUCAUUCAUAAAUCCAAGAAAUACCCAGUUGUUUCAUCCUAAUACGCUCUCCUCAACUUAUUAACAUAACUAGAAGAAGAAAAUCUAUUACUGAAUCAUAGUCAUGGUAUAAUAUGGAAAAUAAUGCGCCUUUUUCUUAAUUAUCAUUGUAGUAGAAAGUCCGACGAUGCAUGUUCUCGUUACUAAUAUCUUCUUCUAUCUUAAAAUGUUGGAUAAUUGGAUAUAACAAGAAGGCCCAAUAUAUUUCGACUUGUAUGAUUAUGACUCAUCCAUUAUAAACAUAAAUCAAACACCUUGUAUAUGCUAGAAGCGUAACAGUGUGUACUAAUGCUACGAUGUAAGAAAUCUGACUUUAUCUUUUAUAAUUAACAACGUGCAAUUUCCUAAACAAUUCUAAAUUGCUUUUCUUUAAUUUACAAAUGUUUACUUAGCCUUAGACUCAUUAAUUUAAAUGCACAAAUUUAUUGUUACUUAUUUUUUUACAUUGUUAAACUGCGAUGUGGGUCGUGUUGUAUUGUACGUGUUGGCCACAAAAUUGUUGGUACAAUCAUUUGUGUUCUGAGCUCUCUUAUAUAGUGAAAUAUUUUUUUAAUAAUUGCUUGCCUCACAAUUUUUGUGCCGGCGUACAAUAUUAUACCCCACUUACAUUAUUAUUUGUUUUGUAAAAUAUUAGUGCGAGUACAAUUAACUAAGAUAAAAAUGGAAAGUAAAUGUGGAUUCUCAAUAAUAAUAUAUGAGUAUAAAAUUGAAACUUCUACACAUUUAUAUUUAUGAUUAUUUCUCUUAAAAUUGUCCCAACUAAACAAGCUUAAAUGUUACUUCUGCCAAAUAAAUAUCAAAAUAAUAUAACAUUGUUACUGAAUUUUUCAUUGGGCCUAUUUUAAGUGAGAUAGUGUAAGUUUUAAGAAUAACAAUUUUUUUAUUUCAUGUUAUUCAAGCAAUACUAAAUGUUAAAGUUAUAGUAGGUAAAAAGAUAAGAAACAAAACACAAUGCUUGCUUAAUCUUAAUUUUAGUUUAAACUAUGAAAUUUUGUACGUCAUGUUCAACGUUACAGUCGUGAAUAUGAAAGCAUAUAUUUAUCCGACAAACGUUUUAAAUGGUACUAGAAACUGUACACGUAGGGUAAUUUUUUACAAGCCUGUGGGAAAAUUUAAAAGCCUGGUUGUGAGUACCAACAUAUAUUUUUAAAUGUCUUCAGUCCUACCGCUUAAAAUUGAUUCAUGACACCGCAGUGUUUCCACCUGUUGUCAAAUUCGGAUGCAGACAAUUUAUUUUAUAUGUUUUACAAGAAUGAAAUACUAUAGGUAAGCUGAAUAAAGAACAAUAUAGUGGCCUACAUUGUAGCCUAUUGAUCGGCCAUUAUGAAUGAUAUUAUAUCCGUCCUGGGAUUUUUUGUAUUGUGAUUCAGUAAAAUUGGCCUGUGUGGACAUGACAUACAAAACGUCUUAUCUCAAAACUCACAACAUGUGAUAUGUACUAUAUUUCAUAUCUAAUUUUUGUUUAAACUGUAGGUAUUGUAUAAAUAAAAUCCUAUCAAUGUACAUUUUCCCUUUUGUUUAGACACUGCAUAAUUAGUUUGCCAGUGACAAAAAAUUUAAUUUUGUAUACUGAUGUACAAACUACAAAAAAAACUAUUUACUUCUUUAGUUCAAUAAUACUGUGAUCUUAACAGUAAGACAUUUAGUAUAUACUUAUUUUGCUCGGGUUCAAACAAAUCUUCCUUCUCUAUGAACCAAUCCACCACCACAGGGACAAGAAAAGUAGAAAUUCGAAUUAUCAUCAUAAAAAAGUGGUUCAUGAUCAAGGGUUGUUUGAACACUAGUCAUGUGCUAUUCUAUUAUAUUCUGCUUAAAAAUUUAGAUGCAGUUUUUUAUUGAAUUAUUUAUUCCAAUUAAUUUUAUAGUGGAUAUUUAUACUUUUAUAAUUUUACUUUUUAUGGAAUAUGGUGUCAAUUUUGUAUAAAAAUUAAUGAUGUUUAUUUAAAUGUGAUAACAUUUUGUUAUAUUCUGUGAAUACAUAGAUUUUGUAUUAUAUAUGUGUACAAGAGGACGAAUUUGUUAAAUAUUUUAUUUCAUAAAAUGAACUUUCAAAUUAUUUAAAACCAAUUAGUCCGUCAUGUACGUAACUUUCUAUCAUUCCAUUUGAUUUCUUUAUUUGUACAAGUUUUGCAUUUAUUUUGCCAAAUAAACUAUACAUCGAGUAUAUUCCAUACAUAUUUUAUUUUAUAUUUUAAACGUUAGAAUUAAGUUUGACAUGUUACAACUAAAAAAAAUGUAUAUACAUAUAGUUAAUUGAAGCAAUUGUAUAUGACCACUAAAAUAAAUGCAGUUCGUAGUUUUAUGCAGAUAAUAGCCUUUUUGUAAUUUUGUAAUUGGUUUAAAGAUUUAGACAACUACAAUGCUAAUAAACAAACGCUUUAAAAUUACGUUUUAAAAGCAUAUGUUAAAAUAUUUUAUUUGGUUUAAAUGCAGUGUUCAAAUUUUCAAAUUAUAAAAUUUUUAUUACUGUUAAGAAUAUUUUAAUUUUAUUAUUUUUGUAAUCAAUAUUUUACUGUUAAUUAUAUGAUGGGUUUAAUCUA